AUGGAGGAGGAUUCUUACAACUUUGCUACAACUAUAUUAACGUCGAAAUCACCCCAACAGGCUGCUGCCAUCUUACCCAGUAUCAUAACAGGAUCCACUGGAUUAAACAAGGAUUUAGUAUCAUGGUUUAACAACUACAAUUCAGCAAUCGGUGCCCACAAUGCAUCAUUGCGACAAUUACUUGAAGAAGCCAAAAAGAUUGCUGGUCGCAGCAAUGUCGGAUUUAACAAUUUCCCUCGUAAUUGGAAUUGCUUGGUUAAUGCUGUCCAAUUAGAACUUAAAGACAAUGAAAUCUUGCAAGAGAAUUUAAAGCAAGAUGUAAUCAUUCCAUUGAAAAACUUGAUUGAGAAUGAUGUACGGAUUUCCGAGUUGACCAUUAACGGACAAGAAUUGACUGAGCUUAGUCAGCAUUUAACGAAGGAAGGUGAGUACCAAUGGAACUUUAAAGCACCUCAAGCAUUUCAAAACUUGGAAGCUUAUAAAAAGAUUGAAAUUCAAUUGAUGUUCAAUGUCGUCUUGAAUUAUUUUCAACUUAAUAGUGGUAGAUUGAACAAAGAAGUGAAAAACAACGAAAAUUCAACAAAUUACUUGUUGGGAAGCUUUAAGUUGGAUAAUGAAAUGAAAAACCAGUUGGAUUAUUUGCAAAACACUCAAUUCCAAUUGCCAGCACAAAGUACUGGUCAAAACCGCGCUGGGUUUGCUGGUGCUGGUGCUGGUGCUGCAGCUGCAGCUGUUACCGGCACAAGUGCAUCAUCGCCAGCAAAGGAAAGAAGAAGAAGCUCCCUUGGACGACUUGACAAGCAUGCAGGGGCCCAUGAUGAGCAAUCACCAAAGAAACCGUCUAAAUUGAAGUCAAGAGUAGGAUCCAUCUUUGGUAGAAAGAAAAAGAAGGAUAAGCAUCAACCACAGCUUGAAUCUACCAUUGCUGAGGAUGCAUCUAUAUCUACCGAUGCAUCAACGUCAAGAUCAGCUCCAUUGUCUAGAAACAACACUUCGAGAUCAUCCUUCUUUGGUAGGGAACAGAGAUAUGAUUCUCCUGCUAUUGGUUCUGGUGCCGUCACUACCUCCUCCACCAAUCAACCUCAAUCUCAUGUCGGUCAAGCUCAACCUCAAAGUCAACAAGAACAAAAGCAGACCCCUUUCCCGCCUUUGAAGCCACAGCAGCCAGGACCUGCAGCACAACUUCAACAGGCUCAGCAACCUCAACAACCUCAACAGUCUCAACAACCUCAACAGUCUCAACAACCUCAACAGUCUCAACAACCUCAACAAGGAUUUCAGUCAAAUUUCACUCCUCAAUCACUCCCUCCUCCACAGCAACAACGCUCAGGUUUGUCUUCGCAACCUUUUGCAGCCCCAAGACAAGGCUCAUUUGCAUCGCUGCAACAGCAUGGUAGUUAUAGAGAUGCUGCAUUGCCAGCUACUCCAACACAUGACAGGACAGGAGGAGCAGUAACGACAUUGCCUCAACAAACGGAUUCACCAAAUGUUGUCAAAUAUGGUAGUGAUGAUGACGAUGACGACAGCGAAGAUAAUGUGACAACUGGUAGAAGAUCGUCGUUGCUUGAGAGACAUAACUUGGAUCCUGGUCAUUCAGAUAAGAUAGGCAGUAGUGGAAUUGUAGCUCCUCAAAGCCAACAACACCCUCCUCAACAGCAAACUGCUAGAGGUACCGGUGGAUUGCUUGAUCCCAAUGAGAGAGCAAGGCAAAACAGUGAUGGAAAAUAUUCUUUUGAAGCCGGUGACGAUGACAAGCCAAUCUCCACAACUCCAAGAAGUGAACAGAAUGGAUUUAAUGCUCAUGAUAGAAUUGCUGAAAGUAACAUCUCACCAAGUCAAGGAGACAGAGGAGUUGAUGGCAAAGACUUUGAUACCAUUGCUUCAAGCAAUGAUGAUUCGUCGGCAUUUGUGGAAGAACAAGGUGCUGCAGCAACAUCACCUAGUGUUGAUGACUUUGCCCCACGCGAUUAUGCUUCAUCCAAUGCUACUUCUUCAAUAACUGGAUUUGGGGGUGCCGCUCCACCAAAGCCCCCACCGUCAAGAAAAGUGGUUCAUCAUGAUACAUCAUCGCUGAGAGAUUCUCACUUAUUCCAUAAUUUGCCUGUUGCAACAACAAACAAUUCUAUAAGAGAUUCAUUUGUUCAACCGCCACGUGUAUCUUCGAGAAACUCGCAUUUGAACAAUCCAUUUGCCGCAUUAACGAGGCAAGAUACUGGUACAUUAAUAAAGAAUGAUUUCAAGCACUUUAAUUUAUCAGAAGCCACUAUUGGAUUGAACUCGUCCAUUGCUGAAAUUGUGAAUGCUACUUUUAAAGAUGGACAAUUGAAUUCGUCGCAAGUCAUUGGUGAGGUUGCAUUCAACUAUAAUGGACAUUCAAACGAAGAGUCAAUCAUUGUUAAUAUCCCACAUGAUUAUGAUAGGUUAAUUGUUAACAAGACAUUUAUUGAAGAGUUGGGUGAUCACAACUACAAACUUGACCCAGUAUCAAUUACUUCAAAGACUUUGGGUGGGUUAAAGUACUUGUCAAACAACAACAAUGUACCUUUGGCUUUACAACAAAUUUGGAAGUUUGAACCACAUCAAUCGAGUUUAAUGAUUAGCAUUAGAUCAAACAUAAGUGAACCUCUCCAAGUUGAAAACUUGAUUAUUUCUGCUGCAUUGAAUACUGAUGUUGAGGCACCUUCGGCAUCAUCGAAACCACAAGGUGCGUUUAAUAAAGACAAGAAUAGAAUCACUUGGAGAUAUAAUCAGCCAUUGGUUUUGAAACCUCAUGGUGAAGAGAAACUAAUUGCAAGGUUCAAGACUAAUGGCCAAGGAUCAGAGCAUGAACUGGGUGUACAAUUGAAGUUUGCCAUUGGUAACCCAACUGCUGUUAAAUAUUGCUCAAUCUAUGAUGCUAACGGUGAAGAAGUUCCUGCUUUUAGGAACCUUGUUAGUGGUCAUUACGCUAGUCAUUUCGAAUAA